UCUCUUUAGCUGCAGUUUCGCGACUGUUCUGUAAUCUUCUGUAUUUUUGCAACGUUAUAUCCACGGUAUCAAAAAAGUUUAGCAUAUUUAACAAAAAACGUUUUGCAAGCUCACAAAAUAAUAAUCAUUGAAUCUGCUUGCGAUUUAAACAUGGCGAAGAAGGGUGGAAGUAAGGAGGGAUUUGUUCGCGAUUCUUCAAUGAGUAUGCCUUCCGAACAAAAGCCAAUAAGUGAAUCCAGUAAGCAAAAAGUUGCUAAAAUCCAUGAUAUGUUUCCUGGUGCAACUAAGGAUCAUCUAUCAAAGAUUUUACUGUAUUAUGAGGAUGAUGAAAAUAAAGCAAUAGAUGCUCUUACUCGAGAUGGUGGUAAAGAAGCUUUGAGUAGUUGGGUGGAUUCUGGCAGUCUGAAAAGUAAAAAUAAUAAGAAUAAAAAGAAGAAGAAGAAAGGAAAAAAAGAUCUGAUUUCUGGUUCAAAUGCAGCAGCAUCGUUUGAUGCUGAUGAUAGUUCCAGCAUACAUAGCAGUGGAAAUGUCGAUACAGAAGUAGAAAGGGAAUAUCCCAGAACUGAAAAUAGCAAUGGCAAUUUUCAUGACGCUGAAGACGAAAAAAAUUCGGACUCUUCUAUUUUAAAUCACGAGAGACUAAAAAGUUUAGAAGAUGACCCUCCGUUUGAUAAUUCCAUCAAAUGUGCAUCCGUAGACCGGAAUCCAAACUCCAGAGAACAAACCCCUGAAGAUGACAGCUCCAUCGAUCAAACACCGAGCAAGAUUCCCUCGAAAGACAGUGAAAACACUCGCAGCUCACCUGUAUCAGACUCUUCCGAAAAACUAGAUGAAGUGAAGAGAGAAAAAUACAGAUCCAUUAAAGAUGAAGGUCACUCAAAAUAUCAGUCUAGGCAAAGAACUAGCAGUUUUCGUAGGUCUAAAACUUCAUCAAUAUCAGAAGAAUCUAGUCAGCACAAUCCUCAAGCUAUUGCUGCUCCCACAAAACGAGGUUAUGAAAAGUGCAAAAAAGAUCUAAAUAGACAGACUAUAUCUCUUCAAAGGAUUCAUUUACAGUUAGAGAAAGGCUUAGAGGAAUCUGGAAAAAAGUUAAAAAAUUCCUUCAAUGAUGUGAGAAAAUUAUUAGAUAAACGACAGGAGUUGGUUGAAAAAGAGCUAGAAAAAACAAAAGAAGAAGCUUUAAAUCUCUUGAAGAGCAGGCAAGAUCUUGCUGUUGAAUUAAAAAGGAGAGUAGAUCGAACUCCUUCACUUACUGAAACUGAAUGGUCAGAGCUACGUUCAGAUAUUAAGCAAUUUGUAACUGAAAGAAAAUAUGACGACGAGCUAGGAAAAACAAUAUGGUAUCAGUGGUCAAUGGAUAGUAUUACUGAUCUUGUCAAUUCUUUUGGAGAAGUCCAACCUGUGAAGAAUGUGUACAGUCAACGCUCUCAUUCAGCCCUUGACCAUGCAGUUGCUUCACAUGUAAAUGCUGAGCCUAGUCCAUCAUCAUCUGUAGCUAACGAAGAUACCAAUUCAACAGCUGACAAAAAUGAUGUGGGAAACAUUUCAGAUACUGUGGAAGAUGAAACGCCAACUAUAGAAAAGGAAACAGUGCCCGUCUCCAAGAAUCAAAGUACAAGUAGACCUCGUAUUUUCUGCAAUAAAAAUUUUUUUGGGAGGUUUCCGAAUCAAAACCGUGGCAGAGGCUAUCAAGGCAAUAGAGGUUAUCAAGGCAAUGGGUAUCCAAGACCAAACUACAAUAGGAACUACAAUUACAAUAGAAAUUUCAAUAAUUAUGAUAACUCAAAUGAUUACAGGCACGUAGAUCGUGAUGGACGCAACAAUGAAAGUUCUAAUUAUUCUAAUCACAGAAACAUGAACAGAGAUCACAGAAAUGAAAGGAACCAAGGCAGAGCACAAAACAUGAGUUACAGGGGUCGUGGCUAUCGUGUUAACUCUGGCCAACAUCGGCACAAUCCAGAUUCCUUGCCCAAAGUGGAUGCUCCAUCUAAUGAAACUACCCCUGCUGAAGCCGACAGGCCGAAUGCUGUUAAUGGUUUUGUCAAUAAUUAAAUGAAAAGUGUUUGCACACUCUAAAUGACAUUUUGUAGGUAUCUUUUUUGUGCCGUUUUCUGAAUUUUAUUUAAAAACUAUUGCCACAUUUUGGAUUGGUGUAUGUGUAAAUCAAGAUUUCACACUUCUGAUUUGUUAACUGAUGACCAACUCUAUAAAAAGAGGGAAACACGUGUGGCUAAAAGUUAAUUUUGCUGAAAUGUAUGUUGUUAUAACAGUUUGUUGUUCUUUCUUUCUCUCAAAUUUUAUUGUACUUUUAAUGUCUACUAUAAGACUUAAACUUAUGUUUAAAAUAAUAAGUUGAUAGUAUUUGUGAUAUAUUUCCAAUAUUUUGGUAAACUUCUGUCAAAAAUUUCCUAAGUAGUUAUUUGAUUUGGUUGCAUUAUUUUUCAUUGAGUCUAUAUUAUUAUAUUCGUUAAUUUUUUUUAAAAAAAUGUUGUUGAUAUUUAUUUGUUAGAAUUGAAAUAUACUUUCACCUUUUGAGUAAUGAUUCACUAACCCUUGCUUUAGAAAUUUUGAAAACAGUAAUAUGUGUACCAAUAUUAAUUUAAUAAUAAAAUAAGUCGUGGUUUGAAAUUGUACUUAGUUGAGACAAGACAAAUUUUUUUCUUAAAAAC